CUUUCUGUUGGUGGCCUGGCCAACUAUGCACAUAGACGUGGUUUGACCGUCACAGAAAAUUUCAUCGGCUGCAUGGAAGAGUUUUACUUCAACGGAGUUGCUGUCAUACGUGAUACCUUAAGAACACUAACUGGCCUCAUUCCAGCAGAACUAACUACAAAAAUUGACUGGUUGGAAGCACUGGGAUUCCCUCAUAAAAAUCCAGUUCUUUGGUGGGGCCCACCAACCACUCAGGAUGAUUUGGCAAUGGAGGGUUUCUCCAUUGGAGGUUCUGGCGUUUUGAAUACAAACUGUCCCGCCCCAGUGUCAGAUCCGUCCGUGCUUACAUUUCCUGGAGUCCAACAGUACCUUGUAUACUUGAAAGUUGAACGAGCUUCAUCCAACAAACUACAGUUUGGUUUCGACUUCAAAACUCUCAAUCGUGGCGGCACCAUAUUUUAUCAAAAGCUUGACCAGAAGGACAGACAUUUUUUAUAUGUAAGUUUACGGUAA